UGGGUCAUGAUCCGUUGCUGACGCUUGCGCGCUGUGGUGUUAAUUGUGGAUUUCAUUAGCUGCCCCAUCUAUUCCUGUGUGAAAUAAAAUAGCACGAAAGUAGCGUCGGUUUUCGUGCAGUCGCGUAUCGAGUUUACAUCCUACAACUAAAUAAAAACUACCGUAACUGAAGUUCUUCUGCCUACGCGAGACACGGCCAGGGAGAAAUAACGAGCCUUUCAUCGUCCUUCCCCUUCAUGGUUCAUCAUGAGUGAUUAUUCAGCGGUCGCUCCGCCACAAAAUUUCAGUCAAAGUUCCGCGUUUGCAGCUGCCCUGCAACGUGCCAAACAGAUUGCAGCUAAAAUAAAUCCUGCCGGUUCCCAAAGUAAUACGGAACCAAAGUUAAAACGUCCUCUUGAAGAUUGUCCAGGUGAGGCAAAUCAAUCUCUUCACACCUCAGAGCCAGAAGCAAAAAAAGUGGCGGCUUUAGUAGCAGAUCCCAUGAUUGGGCUACGGGGGGGCCCACCCACUGGUACUUCUAUCAGUGAAGCUGCGGCUCAGGCGGCCGUAGCUGCCAGAGUAGCUGUGCAGUCGACUUCACCUCCCGCAGUUAUGGCUGGAAUGGGAGGUAUCUGUAAUGAGGAUAUUAGAGUCCCAGACAAAAUGGUUGGACUAAUAAUUGGCAGAGGCGGAGAACAAAUAACUAGAUUGCAAAGUGAAACUGGGUGCAAGAUACAAAUGGCACCAGAGAGUGGCGGAUUGCCAGAACGUGUUUGUACUCUCACAGGGUCCAGGGAAGCCGUCAAUCGUGCUAAAGAGUUAGUCCUCUCCAUUGUUAAUCAAAGAAGCAGAACGGAGGGCAUUGGUGACAUGAAUAUUGGUAGCGGUAACAGCGCACUUGUUGGCCAUCCCAGGUUGGUUGAAAUAAUGAUACCUGGUCCUAAAGUUGGUUUGAUCAUUGGCAAAGGGGGAGAAACGAUUAAGCAACUACAAGAGAAGUCCGGGGCUAAGAUGGUCGUUAUUCAAGAAGGCCCUUCUCAAGAACAAGAAAAACCACUCAGAAUAACGGGAGAUCCACAAAAAGUUGAAUACGCUAAACAGCUAGUGUACGAGCUAAUAGCUGAGAAAGAGAUGCAAAUGUUCCAUAGAGGAUCACAAAGAGGAGGUUCUGAAAGAGGGGGAACAAAUUACAAUAAUACUGACAAUGGGUUCAGCCAUGGCUCUCAAAGUGGCGACGGUGUUGAGGUUCUUGUACCACGAGCUGCAGUUGGUGUUGUCAUUGGAAAAGGUGGUGACAUGAUAAAGAAAAUUCAAGCAGAGACAGGGGCCCGUGUACAAUUCCAACAAGGUAGAGAAGAUGGUCCAGGUGACCGAAAGUGUUUGCUUUCCGGUAAACAUCAAGCAGUGGAACAAGCACGACAACGCAUUCAAGAAUUAAUUGACAGUAGACGAGAUGACGGGCGGAAUCCCAUGGCUGGUGGAGGCAGAGGAGCAGGAGGACCACGUGGUAAUGGUUUUGGUAGUGGUCGUAAUUCUAACGAAUUUGGUGGCGGCGGGUGGGACAGACGCCAAGGUGGUCCGAUGCAAGAUAAAGUUGAAACAACAUUCACUGUUCCAUCGACUAAAUGUGGAAUCAUCAUUGGCAAAGGUGGAGAAACUAUCAAACAAAUCAAUCAACAAACUGGAGCACACUGUGAACUCGAUCGGCGGAAUCAGAGUAACGAAAAUGAAAAGAUUUUCAUAAUACGCGGAAAUCCUGAACAGGUCGAACAUGCGAAAAGAAUAUUCAGUGAAAAACUUGGAUUGAGUCCAGGCGGAGCCCCCUUUACAGGAGGGCAGGGAGCUAUUGGAUACAAUCCAAACUGGAAUUCUGGAUCAGGAUAUCAAUCUUGGCCAAACCAAGCUCAAUCCAGUGACACAGCUGGCCCUGGUGCAGCUCCUGGUGGAGUACAUGUUAACCCACAAACAGGACAACCAGAUUACAGUGCACAAUGGGCAGAAUAUUAUAGAUCACUCGGCAUGCACAGAGAAGCUGACAUGAUCGAACAACAGGCGAAACAAGGAAAACCUGAUCAGGCUCAACCACAGCCAGGAAAUACUCCGAGUCAAGCCAAUCCAACUCCAGCUGGAACUGCUGGAGCUGUUCCACAGCAGCAACAGCAACAGCCACAAACUGCAGCGCAGAAUGGAGGUCAAGCGGACUACAGUGCCCAGUGGGCAGAAUAUUACAGAAGUAUUGGGAAGAUUAAGGAAGCUGAAGCAAUAGAGGCACAAAUGAAAGCUGGCAAGCUGGGUUUGCAGGGAAAUCAAUUAGCGCAACCCCAAAUGCAACAAGCUUUACAGGGGCAAUCCGCCGGCCCGCCGACUGGAACACCGACCUCUUUUCCCCAAAGUUACGGAAGCUAUCCAGGAAUGGGACCAGGAUCUGCUCCGGCCGGAUAUUAUGCUGGCAGCACAGGUUCCGCCAGCCAACCGCAAUCGGGCCAGCAGGCUCCCCCCUUCCCAGCUGGGUAUCAGAAUUAUCCCUACUCCCAGCCGAGCUCUGAUAAUUAAUAAGCGACGGAUGGAAAAUGAAAUCAAUGAACAAUACCGCCAACGUGUGUACAUCGCUUGCAGGAACUGAUGAAAUUUGUGUUCAUCGUACAACUGCAAAGUGCAAAAAGUCGGAUCUACGACAUGCCGAUAGAACCAAGAAUACAUCUGUCUCCAGUUCAAUGUCAGGGAAGGUAUUAAAGUGAUGAUGGCUACUCCCAGGGAGUAGAUGAACAUAAUCACAAGUCAUAUUUGCCAAUAUGUGACUUCCAACCAAUGGUUUAAUUUUGUUAUUUUCUUUUUUCUUAUUUUAAAAAAAUAACUUGCAACUACUUUCUGGAUAUCAUUUAUGUAAGCUCCUACCAUACCUUAAUAGCAACAUCAUACAUAUUACGAAUCAUUAUGAGAUUGGCAUAAUUUGGUGCGUUCAUUUAGUUCGUACCCGUUUGUUUUUCCUCAUUUAUUAUAUUUAAGUAGAUGAUAAUAAUGAUUAAAAGCAGAUAUAAAAAGUAAGAGAAACGCAAACAAAUGCAGUUUUGCUUGUUUAAAGCCGCAUAAAAAUAGACAGGAAUAAAACAAGAAAAACAACGUGCAAACUCCUCGUUAUUACUCUAAUAAUGUUUAUGAUAGUAUGCAGAGUCAAUCUGAAGUUGUACAUCAUGUAUUUUCCCAAAAUACAUUAAAUAUAGUAAAUAGUAUAUAAGAAAUAUUAAUUAAAAGAAAAGAAUAAUAGGGCAUGAUGGACUAUAUUAUGAUCGAAUUAUACGUAAUUACUCCCUCUUCCUCGCAAGUCCAGCCAACUCAAGUAAACUCAAGUAAACUCAAGUUGUUCGCGAACAAGGUCUUAUCUCUUCUGUUUGUCGACUGGAUUAAAAACAAAGUGAAAAAACUAGCCAGUUAAUUUGGCUCAAACUUUCUACUGUUAUUUGCAUAAAUAUCUGAUGUUUAAAUUUUUUUUCGUUUACUUUAUCCGUAUUUGCGACGUUUACACUUUUUUACACGUGUAAAGUUCUGUGGUAAUUGGCGAGAGCUUGAUACCGGGAUAAUUACUGCAUAAUAUAGUCGAGUCAGCACCUAUUAUAGAAUAGUCAACUUUCCAAUAACAAAUAAAAAAACAAUUAUCUAUAGUA